AUGGCUUUGUGUGCCCAUGCCGGAACCGCCGCAAGCCUUCCGGGCUAUGUGAUGUUUGAUGAGGGCCAGGCCAUCAUACCUACACCGAAGUUGGAAAGCCGAUGGCGCACGAAGGAGUACGAGAAGGAGCCAGUUGGCGAUGAGGAGGUUUACAUCGAUUGGAUGGCCCAUCUUACAAGGAGGGAGCGGGUGCAGAUGAAGGCAUUGCAUCAGAUAAGCUCUUGGCUGCGUUUCUACAACUUUAGGGGCAUGGAUGCGAACGAGCAGCAGGUGUCCAUUCCGAGUGGCUGUUUUCGCUUCCGGAGGCCAGAGUGCACAUGUCCCAUCCAUGUCGCAGCCAAGCUUGGCCACGAGACGGUCGUCAAGAGUCUUCUCAUGGCGCGAGCAGAUCCCAAGCGGAAGACAUCCCGGGGCCGCACGGCGCUUGAGAUUGCCCGGAAAGCAGAUGUGAAUGGCUCCCAUCGCGAGACGGUGGAGGCUCUCGAGAUCGCCGAGAGGGCUGUGUCCCUCCGGCGAGCCAUUGAGAUCAUGAGUAAUUGA